GCAUUCGCCGACUAUUCACACGUCUUUUUUUUCUCCGUUGUUUUCUGUCAUUUCAACCGUAAUUUUGUGAUGAUUAUUUUUUUAUUUUAGUGGAUAAAAUGUUCAGUGACUGUUGGGUGACAAACAAAUUUAAAUAAAAUUCAAGAAAAGUUUACAUUGCGCUGCAAAGAAAUCAUAACCGUAAGGAAUGGAGGAGGACUCGGAGUGGGCCAUUCAAGUACUGAAGUGAUAGACACUGAAAGAAGGAAGAAAGAAAGAUACAGCUGUUAGUUCCUGCCGCCGUCUGUGAUGCUCAAGUGAUAGCUUUGUGAUACAUGUUUACUUUGACACGCCCCUAGAGUAUAAUCAAAAUGGACACCCUCCACGUGACGGCACACAGUAAGGGCUCCAGCCGCAGCCAGUCGCCAUCCACGGCGGAGGUGCCCCGCGACCCCGUGGUCACCGAUGACGUCAUCAGGUCGCGGGUGCAGUCACCCUCCGCUGUCCAUGUGGAGCCAUCAUCAUCCUCGUCGUCUCGUCACGGCGAGCGCACCCCCCACCACGUCAAGUCACACUCACGCGACCUUGGCGUCAGCCCGCUCUCUAACACCACGCCUAACAGAGACUUAGAAGACUCGCCACAGAAGAAGCCAAUACUGACGGGGCUGAUCGCGGCCGGUAGCGACUAUGCGGGCGCUGUGUUCAGCCCGAAUGUCUCCUACGCCCUGUCUGACGAAUACGCCUCGCCAGCUUAUAGAUCUCAGGAUGGCGACUACUCGAAUCAAGACGACACAGAUGGCGCUGCCAACGUGACGUCAUCGAAGGCGCUAGCGGCCAUCGCGCACCUGAACAGCAAAGUUGAACGGACGAAGGAGUUGAUACGACUAGAACAGACUAUUAGGGAUGAUAAUGUGAACGAGUACUUGAAACUCGCAGCGAACGCAGACAAGCAACAGUUGCAGCGGAUCAAAGCAGUCUUCGAGAAGAAGAACCAGAAGAGCGCGCUGUGCAUCGCACAAUUACAGAAGAAGUUGGAGGGAUACAACAAGAGAAUCAAGAACUGGGAGCAACACGGGACGAGCGGGCAGGCCCACAGACAACCUAAAGACGUCCUACGAGAUAUGGGGCAGGGGCUCAAGAACGUGGGCGGCAACAUCCGCGACGGCAUCACGGGGCUGGGCGGCAGCGUGAUGGCGGCGCCGCGGGAGUUUGCGCACCUCUUCUCACGGUCCAACCGGUUCGGCUCCGCUGACAACAUCUCGCAGUUAGCCGCGAACGCGUCGUCGGAAGGGAGCCGCGCAUCCGAAGCAGGCGAAGCGGCCGCGCCACGUGGGUCGACGCUUCCGCGGGCAGCUACUUCGCCCGCUCCGAAGUUUUCACCCGACGCUUCGCCUAGCUCGUCGAUUACCAGCGAAGGUGCUCCGUAUCCCACCCAACCCAACUCAAACAACAUGUCGGAAGCAGCGUUCUCGAUCAAGCCCAUACUAAACGAGCUGCGCGAACGCAAGGAGGAUUACGAGAGACUUGCGGAGAAAAUUGAUACGUUAAAGAACUUAUCACAAGAGGUCUCGUUCCUAUCAGCCGCUUUGCAGGAGGAACGGUUCAAGACAGAACGACUGGAAGAACAAAUCAACGAUCUCACUGAAUUGCAUCAAAACGAGGUAGAAAAUUUAAAGCAAGCGUUAACAGAUGUGGAGGAGAAAGUUCAGUAUCAGAGUGAAGAAAGGAUACGAGACAUACACGAGGCCUUAGACCUGUGUCAGACUAAAAUAAGCAAGCUGGAGCAGUGGGCGGUGGGCGGCGGCGGGGGGGGCGCGGGCGCGGGCCCCGGCGAGCCCGGCCCCGCGGGGCUGCCGCCGCGCCUGCUGCUCGUGAAGCUGCUCAACGUGGCGCUCACGCUGCUGCAGCUGGCGCUGCUGCUCGUGGCCACCGUCGCCGGCGUCGCCAUGCCCUUCCUACGGACACGAGUCAGAGUCCUAACGACAUCGCUAGCGGUAAUGCUCGGAGUAAUGGUGCUCAAACAAUGGCCUGAAGUCACACAGCUGUCAGAACACCUCGUCAGACGGUUGAAGGAGUAUCUACUAGACAAACACCACGACAGGUCAUAUGAGUGCAGGUCAUUAUGUGGUUGAUGAUUGGCCAUUUUAACUUCAAGGUUACAGUUAACCUGGGUUAGUCUACCCUACCCGAUCGGCUGGAGCGUGAUAUUGCAAUUUUGUCCCCCGAUGUAUCCCUUACAUUGUUAAAGGUAGUUGACAUUUUUUUUUUAUUUAUUUUCUUUGAAGAAAAUACGGAGAACUGUAAUAAAGUGGUUAAAAACUAUAUUUUAAUAUAAAAAAGAUUGUGAAAAAAAAAAUGGGAAAAAGUAAUAAGCAAAAAUAAUGCUUUUCUGUACUGAAAUACUCAUUUGAUCAUUUCUAAUGUUCACAAUAAAAUAAAACUUGAAAUGACAAAAUCGUUCUUAAAUGAAUUCUGAAUUUUUUUUUUCCUAUUUAUUACAUUUAAGAAGUAUACCUUUGAUCCCAGUUGUCUAUUCGCUACAGACGGAUCUUUAAACAUGUAUCAGUGAUACAUUAAGUUAUAAUUAACUUUUACAAAUGUGAAGAUGAGUAUAAACCAGCGGGCUGGGUUACUUGAACACAUUACAUUUCCUUGAACGGUCACGAGUAAUAAUUUUGUAUACACUUUGAAGCCAUGUCACAUUAACUUUCUUGACAAAUUAAACCGUAAGUCUCAUUAUAAUGUCAGAUAUGAUAGUACGGCAGGGUUCUAAAGUGGGUACAUGUUAUUGCUCAUGACUACACUUUAUUGUAUGUUUACGAUACCUUAGUUAUUUAUCGCAUAGAGGUAAUUUAAGUAUGUUAUAUUUUAUAUAACGAUGCAAACGCGAUAUAAUGAAUGGCCGGACAAAUGUGUGAAGUAUCGUGUGGUGACCGGUGAACUGAACUAAACAUGGAUGCAGUCUCUUCCCUUUGUUCCCUAGGUAUUACUAGUCGAGUCAUAGGAGAUUUUUCUUUCCCAACUAUUAUUCUCUAUGGCACUACCAUUCUCAUUGGCUAAUAACACCCAUCAUACUCGCCAAUUGGGUCGUGUACGGUCACGAGCAUUAAUAUGUAUACACUUUGGUACCAUGUCACAUUAACUUUUUUGACAAAUUGAACUGUAAGUCUCACUAAAUGUCAAAUAUGUUAAUGCGACAGAGUCCUAAAGUGGGUACAUUAUAUCGCUCAUGACUGUACUAGGUUCAAGAUAAAUUAUGAAAUUCUGAUUACUAAAUAAAGACAGAUCUAGAACUAAAGAAAAUUAUUUUCUUUUUUCUAUUUAACUUAUUUUUUAAUUUUAAGCAAGAAAAACGUAAUAAUAAGUCCGACAUUUUAUCACGUUUUUCUAUGACGCCACACUGUGCUAUUUCAUACAAAUUCCAUAGUAAUUUUGAGUUUUGACGUUUAGUAAAAAGUAACUGAUUUGACUAGUUGGAAACUAGCCUAUUGUUGACGCCAAAACUCACUCAAAACAAAACACAAUCACAGUAGCAAAAUAAUUUAUACAUAAACACGUUGUUGAUUUUAUGUCGCUAUUUGUCAGUGCUUAGCCACUUACGCAGUAUCGUAAAUAAGUUGACGAAAGUACGUGCCGAUUUGUACCUUUACAUGACGGCGAUAAAUGCUAUGGCUUUUUUUAGGGUGGCAUAUGAAUGCUUAUUUUAUUGAUGGUAUGAUUUUGAACUCCCGCCCCCCGCGGUACGAUUUUCGUUGCGUCAUUUUUGAGCCGCUUCCAUCAUGGUAUAAGAAGGCCAGGUAUGCUCAAUCCUAUAACAACCCGCCAUUGCUAGCCCUUGAUGACUUAAGUGUUACCAUUAAAUUGGUAUCUCCAACAUUCCAAGGACGUAAACUUUAUUAUUGAAAAUUAAGUGAAUUACUGACUAAUGUAUUUAAUUACUAUUAUUUGUGACGUAUAUAAAAACGUUAAAACUGUACGAAAAUCUUUUAAUAAACAUAAAUUUUUCUUUGUAUAACUUUGAACGUGGGUAAUUUAUUGUUUUCAAAAUGGCAACGUGCGGGAUGACGUCAGCUGGGCUAACCUUGAAAUAAUAGCUGUCAGUUUUGAGCAUACAUCAUUUCCUUUUUUUUUGGAAUUUUUUGGCCUAGUUGCAUAGGCCAUACCUUAUUUCCUUAUACCAUGGCUUCCAUGUUUGUUUCCGUUCCACGGUGGCAGGCACCGUUAUGUACCUCAGUUCCAAGGCUGACAGACGCUAGGCACAUCUCGAAUUAAAGAUAAAAAAAGUUAGAUAGAGAACUGAUGCUUCGUUUAGGUGACGGUUUACGGUGAAGUGGUUAUGUUUAAAUAUUUUAUUGUAUUCCUUCUUAAUUUUUUUUCUAACGUCAAACUGAAACCGACAAAAAAUUCAUAAUAAAUUUUGUAAAAUGUAUUUUUUGCGAGGUCACAUAUUCACAGAUUAAGUAAAAUAAGCUAUAUCAAUUUUAAAUAAAUUAUAUCCCGUUUUUAACUUCCAAAUAAAAAUAAUUAUUUACUUUUCAAACAUACCAAUGUGUUUAUGUGACUAUCUAAACUGAUUUUGAUAAUUUUAUGGCAACGUGAAAAUUCUUUUUGUGAUAUUGAUAUUAAACGAGACAAAAUGAGAUUGUAUUACCAUCACAAUAUUUAUAAUAUUGUUUAUCUGAUAUAUUUUUUUUACGUUAUUUUAGUAAUAGAGUAAUGCUUUGAAAUUUUUGCGUCGAAUAAUCGAUUUUUUUUAGCUAUUCGAUUCGAUUUCCAGACACAACAGCUAAAUAAUGUGGUUUGGAUUUUCAAAAAUGUCAAUAUAAAUAAACGUCACAAUAAAUUAAAUUCUUAUUUGGUAGAAAUCAUAAUUACAUUUAAAAAGAUACAAAUAAUUAUCAUAAUCUAUAUUUGAAUAUUUCAAAGGUAUUCCAUCCGAUUAUUCGACGCUACUGAGAGAGCAUGAAUGAUUAUUUAAUUAUGUUUUAAAAGAGUCACUGGUGUUCCAACAUCAUUGUUGUCAAUUUUAAAGUUAGCGAGGCGAUGGAGGGAAUGUAACGACUUUAUUAUUAUUAUUAAUUAAUUAUUUAGCUAAAUUGAUGCCAUGUUGACGGGAUUUUAAUAACAUUUAUACGUUAAGUAGCUUUUGCCCGCGGCUUCGUUCGCGUUAAAUUCUGGGUAACACGGAUUCCCUUUCCUAAUGUACAAAAAUUUUGCUUCCUACUUUGAAAACUGCGAAAAGUCCGAUGUUAAGUUCACCCCCUCAUCGAAGAGGUUGAGAGCAGUUUUGCACAGAAAAUAAUGUACGAUUUUUUUUAGUCACAAAUAUUCUGCAUACCAGUUUUUAGCUUUCUACCUUGAAAAUUGCGGAAUGCUCCAUACGAACUUCCACUCCCCAUUUUAAGGAAGUGGGGGGUUAGAAAGAGAACUAUCCUUCAACUAUCUCAAAUAGCAAUAUUGCUUUUUUAGAUAAAUUGCUUUGAUGUAGGCCUUUUCAACCCCCGAAGAGAUUGUGUUGUUGAGAUAAACAUUUUCGUAUUACACCAUAAAUGCGUGAGACUGAAAAAAAAUAAAAAUAUGUAUAAAUGUUAUCAAAACCAUGUCCUAUCGGCAAAACUAUCUAGGAAAAUCUUUUCUAAAAUAAUAAACCUAAUAUUUAUAAAGAUAACAUUCCAAAUUUCUUACUGAACGUAGACGAAUAUAGCUUGGUGAUUUAACUAGAAACUUAUGAUUUUUAUAAUAAGUAUUUUUUUGUAUAAAGUCCCCAGAAAUUAAUUGUAUCUAGUACGUUUUUUAAAUUAUUCUCUCCUGCUUACUUAACUACAUUUAAAAAUAGGUAAUUAGCAUUGACUACUAUUUGUUUCUGUUUACAUCUUUCCCAAUUUCUAUUGGAUUACCAGCGGUCCUAAACUAGUUUCAACCACAUAAAUAAAUAGUUCAAUAAGGGAUUCUCCAGGCUACAUUCCUUAAAAACAAUAUAGAUGACGCUGUAAAGAUUUUCCUUCGUUUAACAUUCUAAUUUCAUGGAUCAACAGACAUAUGCAUCUUUUAUCUUUGUUUUUGGAUAUCAAUGAUGACACUUUUUAUUACACCCAGCCACAAUUACAUCUUCCACCCGUUAUUAUUCUGAUCUAAAUUAAGAGAAGCAAUAUAGGUAGCAAGAGCAAAAUUCUAUACAUAAUGUGAUCCAAAUAUCAAGCGACAAUUAUUUUCAUAUAUGCAUAUGUGAUUACAUUGUAUUUUUCAUUAAUUAUGUACCCGAGUAAUGAGAUAAUAGGGAAUUGUCACGAUAAAUAUCUAUUACAAACGUAGCCUGGAAAGUCCUUUAUUGUUGGGUAAGAUAAUAAGUGAGGGACCUCGAUCUGGAGGUAGGCGUUUUGAAAUUCCAAGUAAUCCAUCACGCAGCAUUAUUGAGCGUAAGUAUACUACUAAAAGGGAACAUCUGAUCUAGCUAUAGGUACGGUCACGAGUACUAAUAUGUAUACACUUUGAAACCAUGUCACAUUAACUUUUUUGACAAAUUAAACCGUAAGUCUCAUUCGAUGUCAAAUAUGAUAGUGCGACAGGGUUCUAAAGUGGGUACAUGAUAUUUCGCAUGACUGUACAUAAGUUUUCUUCUUGUUAACUCACCAAGCACUAAAUAAUCCCUUAAAAACUAGAUCUUUAAAGUACCCACUUACCAUCCAUAUUGUUAAUGUAAAAAAAAAACUAUUGCUAAAACAACGCUUUUUGUGAAAAGUAGUUAUUGUUAUUGUAAAUAUAUUUUUUUACAUCACCAUGUAAAUGUUAUUUUUCAUAUCAUUUCGUAAGACAUUUUAAAAUUGUUAUUUGGAGUUUGUCAUAUGUCGGACUUGUUAUUUUGUAUAGAUUAAAAAAGGGUUUUAAAAAGCUCGUACACGUUUAAGACAUCUCAGAGUUACUUAGUCAAUGAUCAAUUCAUUAAAAAAAGCAAUAUUGCUAUGUGGCAUUUGCUGAUUUACUUUUAUAUGCGCCAAUGUCAAAUAGCAAUAUUGCUUUUCAGAUUAAUUUCUCCAAUGUGGCCUCUUUAGACCCUCCUGCUCCAAAUAUUGUUUACAGUCAUGAGUCAUGUACUCACUUUAGAACUCUGUCGCAUUUACAUAUUUGACAUUUAGUGAGGCUUUCAGUUCAAUUUGUCAAAAAAGUUUAUGUGACACGGUACCAAGUUGUAUACAUGAUGCUCGUGACCGCAUGUCCUGUAGACACAAAUUUAUAAGACAUUUACAGGAUAAACUUAUUCUAAGGUGGGCAAAGGCGGCCUACCAUAUAUUAUAAGUUAUACCUGUCACUUUCUAAUCUGCCGAAAAGGAAAGGAACGGGAAUCGACAGGUAUAACUUAAAAUGAGAUUGGGAGGUGUCUGCAGGAAUCAAAGAUAUUAAGCUGAAUGUUGUAAAAUAAUAUAUCUAGCGAAAAUAAGGGUUUUUUUUUCCAGAAAAAGUAAUAUGGGAAAUAACAAGUCCAAUAUAUAACAACUCGUUAUAUCCUUGCCUGAUUCGUCCUAAGGAUCUAUUCUAAGAGAACGCAUAGUAUUAAACGAAUGUGUAGAUUUACGUUGAUGCUCUCAUGUCAAAUGUAACACAGUUUUGUAUUUGGUUGCCGGCUAUGGAAUAAAAUCAUCAUAAUUUUA